AUGAAAGAUAAAGGUGUAAGUACUCCUUCAACUGCUGUUAAUUUUUCUGCACCUGUUAUUUCUUCUGCACCUGCAUCGAAGACUAGUGUUCCUCAUGUUGUAAGUUCUCAAAAUGAGAACGCAAGUUCAUCUUUAAUGAAUUAUUUUCAGUCAUUUGAUAUUAUAGAUCAUGCUAGAAAAACCAAGAUACAAAUGUCUGAGGCGUCCUUGAAGGAUAAUUAUCCUCUGCCUGUCAUGGACCAUGUCCUACAAGCUGUUACUGGAGCAGAGAUGAUGUCCAUGUUGGAUGGAUUUUCAAGUUAUAAUCAGGUUGAAGUGUUGGAAUAG